AUGGCCGCUGCGAAUCUCAUGUCACCAACUCCCUCAACGACCACGCCAACAUGGUCGAACUUCGAGAAGAAGAUGGAGGAGCACAAACCGUCCAAAACAGACAUUAACUACCUAGUUAUGGACUACCUCGUCACGAAUGGGUAUCCUUCAGCCGCGAAUAAAUUUGCAAUUGAAGCGAACAUUCCACAGCGACAGGAUUCUGACAUGAUACAAGAGCGCGUUGAAAUUCGCAACGCGAUAUACUCGGGCAAUAUCCAGUCAGCAAUCGAAAAACUUAAUGAGCUCAACCCUCAGUUACUUGAUGACAAGCCUGAGCUCCAUUUCUCUUUGCUUCGUCUCCAGCUUAUCGAGUUGAUACGCACUUGCAUAUCAACUCCGAACGGCGACAUUACUCCUGCUCUAGACUUUGCCACGUCACAGUUGGCACCUCGAGCUCCUACCGAGCCUCAGUUUAUUAGCGAGCUCGAGGAGACAAUGUCAUUACUGAUUUUCCCUCCCGAUAAUCUCUCUGCACCGCUGAGUGAACUCUUGGAUCCAGCCAUGCGGAAAACAGUUGCAUCGAAGGUAAACGAAGCGAUACUCCAAAGGCAAGGUUCAUUGAGUGAAGCUAGGCUUCGUGCUCUUGUCAAGCUUCGAGUUUGGUCAGAAAAAAUGGCCAGAAACGCCAAGAAGGAUAUUCCUGAAACAUUGGACAUUGGUUUUGACAACGAUGUUACCAAUGGUAGCGAAACAAACGGUUCACAGAACCAAACCAACCAGGAUGAUGUCGUGAUGCAAGAACGCGGCGACCUGGAUUCCAUGGUACACUAA